CUAUGCCUGUCACUUUUACAGUUUGUUCAGUUGGGUCAGUUUGCUCAAAGGCAUGUGCCGCUAUGCUACUUGUUGGAUAAACUGCAAAAAAUUGUAACUUAGACUGUGGAUCGAUCAUAUUAGGAAUAAUUGUUUUAUAAAAUUAUGAAAAUGAAAUCAUAUCUAUUUAUUGUUACCUUCUGCGUUUUUUUGAACGUCUCAAAUGUCCAUUCCUUGAUUGAAGGACUCUACUGUGGAGUCGAGAACUGUUACGAUGUGCUUGGUGUGACGAGAGAGAGCUCUAGGAGUGCAAUAGGAAAGGCUUAUCGAGUUCUUGCAAAGAAGUACCAUCCUGAUGUGCAAGGGCCUGAGGUGCCUAAAGAAGAAGCUGAGAAGAAUUUUCGUAGAAUAGCCACUGCCUAUGAAAUUCUGAGUGAUAAUGCCUCCAGAGAAGAUUAUGACUACAUGGUUGACAAUCCAGAAGAAAUGUACAUGCAUUACUACAGAUAUUACAGACGGCGUACAGCUCCAAAUGUCGACAUCAGGUUGAUUCUUGCUGUGUGCGUCACCAUCAUUUCUGGGAUCCAGUACUACACUGCAUGGGAACGCUAUGAUACUGCCAUAAAGUAUUUAACCACUGUGCAAAAAUACAGGAUACAUGCACUUGAAAUUGCCAAGAAAGAAGGCUUGUUCAAUGAAAAUACCAGCAAGAAAGUCAAAGACAAGUCCAAAGAAAAGGAGGAAAAGGAGCAAAUUAUUCGAAAAGUCAUCGAAGAGAAAAUGGAUAUUCGCGGAGGCUAUUCUAAACCAGACUGGAAGCAAAUACUGUGGUUCCAGCUCAUCAUUCUGCCCUACACCAUCUACCAGUACGUCCGUUGGUACAUUAUCUGGGUCUACAAGUUUGACAUCCGAAAAGAAGAGUACGGUGAAGAAGAAAAGUUGUAUUUGAUCAAGAAGAACCUGAAGCUUUCCCAACUCGAGUUCGAUGCUCUUGAGGACCAUACCCGAGAAGAAUAUCUCGAACUGGAACUUUGGAUUAAGUCGAAUGCGGUCGAUUGGAAGGCAGAGAAGGAAGAGGAUCUUAAACGAGAACUCUCUCAAUCUGCUCGCCACAAAGCGUACAGACGUUACAUGAAGAAAGGAACGAGUCGACUCACCUUUGACGAUUCAUAAUCAAGAUAUUUGACAAAUUAGGUGGCUUCAUCAUCCAAGUUCAUCCCGUGUUGUGAUUUACCAAUCUCAUUUGACAGUGAGUCUUUUCACGCCCUUGUUUGACGAAAUACAAAAAUAUCAAAUUG